AUGUCUACACCUAUUCCUUCGUUCUCUACACUUCCUCUCCGCAAAGGAGAUCCUCAUUACUCGGCCUGGGGGCUUUAUGGCCCCGACGACGAGCGGGGAACGCUCAAUCGUCUUACCAAGGAUCUAGUCUUGCAAGCAAAGGAAGAAAUUCAAACGGGAGAGACAAUUUCGCUGAACUUGCCGCUGGAUGCGCUGGCGAAGAGUAAAGUGAUUGGCCGUCAAGGGUUUGAGAUGAAGCAAUACGCCAAACACCCCCGGGUCGUUUGCGAUUGCGUCUGGACUUUUAACAGCCAAGGCAGCACGCAAUGGGACGGCCUCCGUCAUUGGGCUUAUCAGGAGACAGGUCAAUUCUACAACGGCCGGACGCUGGACGAUUUCUUCAAUGAAGACAAAUCCAUCAAGUCAACCGUGAACGGAAUCCAAAACUGGGAAAAGACUGGCAUUGUCGGAAGAGGAAUUCUUCUUGAUUUCGAGAGAUGGCGACGCAUCAAGCAGAUUGACUUUAACCCACUUCCCUUAAGCCCCCACCCGAUCACUCUGGAUCAAUUAAAGGAAGUUGCAAAACUUCAGGGAACCGAAAUCAAAUUCGGUGAUAUCCUGUUCAUUCGAACCGGGUUCAAACCAGCUUAUGAGCACUUAAGCCUAGAGGACAAGGCUAAAAUGGGCACUCUCUGGCAGUCUAGUGGUCUGGUGCAGAGUGAGGAAACACUCGAAUGGAUAUGGAACAACUUUUCAGCAGUUGCUGGUGAUGGUAUCACUUUUGAGGUUUGGCUACUAACAGAAGAGACAGCAUCCAAACAAGACUGGUACAUGCACGACAUUCUGCUGGCUGGAUGGGGAAUGCCUCUCGGAGAGCUUUUCGACUUGGAACGGGCAGCAGAGUAUUGUGAGGAAAUUGAUCGGUGGUCAUUUUUCGUGAGCAGUGAACCUUGCAACGUACCUGGUGCGGUAGCAAGUCCGGCAAACUGUUUGGCAAUCUUUUGA